UCAUUCUGAUGUUGGGGUCAGGGUCGUGGCAAGACGUGGCUUGGUUGUCUUGUGGUUGCUUGCCGGUUUUGGCUUACCUCGGCCCCUCGUUCCUCACUCUUUACCCAGUCUCUCUCUUUUUCUUUGGCUGUUGACUCUCCUCUUAAACAUUGGAAGGCGAAGAAAUUAACAACAACAACAAAAAAUAACGACUUCGCAAUUGAUUCUCAGCUGCCUUCAAACCGUGUUUAAGGAGAAAGGCCCGAGUGGAAGGUGGAGGGGAAUAGACUUCACGUGUUAGCCCCUGGUCUUUCACUUCCAGGAUCACAGACGCCUGUCGCUGCGUUACUAGCCCAUCUGAGACAGUGGCUGAUUUUGACCUUCUGGUGAACUCUAGUUGUUAAGCUCAAGAGCGGGUUUUUUUUUUCUAAUGGUCCAGGAAAGUUUAAUGUGAAUCAAACUUCUGUUCGAAACUAGCUUUAUUGCCUUCAUAGUUGUUGACUGCAAUUUAAUUUUGGCGCGAUAAAGCUGUUCUUUGUCCCUAGAUGUUUGCGGUGCGCUUAUUAAACUGUUUGAACUGUAUGAUAGUAGGCGGAACUAAGACUAAACCCUAUAUUUUCUUUUUUGAAAAUAGCAAAUAACCCCUGCUGAAGUUCAGAGAACUGUUUGUGAGGGGCAGAAAUGAUAGAACUAAUGUUUUUAAGUGUUUCUAAUUUUUUUUAAAGAUUUAUUUAUUUGAAAGAGUUACACAGAGAGAGGAGAGGCAGAGAGAGAAAGAGAGAUGUCUUCCAUCCGCUGGUUCACUCCCUGAUUGGCUGCAACGGCCGGAGCUGCCCCGAUCCAGAGCCAGGAGCUUUUUCCGGGUCUCCCAUGUGGUGCAGGGGCCCAAGGACUUGGGCCAUCUUCCACUGCUUUCCCAGGCCACAGCAGAGAGCUGGAUUGGAAAUGGAGCAACCGGGUCUGGAAGCAGCGUGCAUAUGGGAUGCCGGCGCUUCAGGCCAGGGCAGUAACCCGCUGUGCCACAGCGCCGGCCUCUCUAAUUUAUUUUCAUUUUAUUUGAAAGACACAGAGACAGUGAGGUUUUCUACCCACUGGUUCAAUCCCAAAAUGUCCACAGCAGCCAGAGCUGGGCCAGGAACUUCAUUCUGGCUUCCCGUGUGGAUGUCAGGAACUGAAAUGCUUGAGCCAUCAUCUGCUGCUUCACAGACGUUCAUUAGCAGGAAGCUGGAUUAGGAAGGAAGUAGCUGGAACUCAAAACUAGGCACUGUGAUCUGGAAUGGGAUGUGGGCAUCCCAGGUGGAGACUUAGGCUGCUGAACUGAAUCUUCCAGGACUUAUUGGUUUGUUGGAAGAUAAAAUUAAGCCAAAGUGUGACAGUGGUUUUUCAAAAUAAAACAGAAUUCUCUGAAUCAAAAGAUGUUAUAGCUGCCUUUGAAGAGCCAUGUUUGUAUCACUCUUUAGAGGUGAUAUGAUUUUUCUUGUAUCUGUGUUUAAGUUUUCAAAUGGCUCUUCAUAGGUGUUAUCUCAGCCAAUGUUUCCGAACAGUUGACCCUUCAAGUAUGGCUCCGAGUAGUUCAUAUUGGAUUAGGGUGUUUGAUAACUUUCACUUUAGUAACAUACUAACUAAAAUAUUACCGAUGGUCCUCAACUUAUGAUAGUUUGAUUUAGGAUUUUUGACUUUAUGAAGCUGGGAAGGAGGUAUACAUUCAGUAGAAACUAUUCAGAUUUUGAAUUUUGUACUGUUCCAGGCCUUACUAUAAUUCAUACAAUUCUCUUUAUCAGUGCCCAACUGUAAGCUAAUGUAAGUUUUCUGAGCACAUUUAAGGUCACACUGCGAUAUAUAGUUAUUUAAGUGUUUAAAUGCAAUUUCAGCUUUUGAUGUUUUCGACUUCACGAUGGUUUUAUGGGGAUGUGACCCCAUUAUAAGUCAAGGAGUGUACUAGCUAAUGUAUUUGAGUAAUUGAGUCAGUCACUGUUGCUUUACUUACGUUAUUCAUUUAAUGUGCCCAGCAGCCCUAUGUAGUGUUUUUAUUAUUUUAGAGAUGAGAUAAUUGUAAUAAACAAAUUCCAAGUAUUUUGAAAGGUAAUUUUUAUUGCUUCAUGUCUAUAAUUUUGAAAAUGCUUUGAAUUAAACAUUGAAGUAUUUGAUUCUAAUUACUGAUUGCUAUCUAGAGCAACCUGGUAGCAUAUAUUUUUCUAUUACUAGACUGUGGGAUAGGCUUUUUUUUGUAAAGGUUAGUACCUUUUUUUUUUUAAUUUUUAUUUAUUUGAAAGAGUUACAGAAAGAGAGAGAAAGUAAGAGAGAGAGAGAGAGAUCUUCCAUCUGCUGGUUCAUUCUCCAGAUGGCCUCAAUGGCUGGGGCUGGGCCAAGGUGAAGCCAGGAGCUUCAGCUGGGUCUUCCAUGUGGGUGGCAGGGGCCCAAGUACUUGGGCCAUCUUCCAUUGCUUUUCGCAGGCCACUAGCAGGGAGCUAGAUUGGAACUGGAGCCAUUCAAAUUUGAACCAGUGCCCAGAUGGGAUGCUGGUAUCACAGGCAGAAGCUUUACCUGCUAUACCUCAGCUCUGGCCCUGAAGCUGGUCACAAUGGCAGGUGAAGAAAUUAAUGAAGACUAUCCAGUAGAAAUUCAUGAGUAUUUGUCUGCAUUUGAGAACUCCAUCAGCACUGUGGAUGAGAUGCUGAAGACCAUGAUGUCUGUUUCCAGAAAUGAGUUGUUACAAAAGUUAGACCCACUUGAACAAGCAAAAGUGGAUUUAGUGUCUGCGUACACAUUAAAUUCAAUGUUUUGGGUUUAUUUGGCAACUCAAGGAGUUAAUCCUAAGGAACAUCCCGUAAAACAGGAAUUGGAAAGAAUCAGAGUGUACAUGAACAGAGUCAAGGAAAUAGCAGACAAGAAAAAGGCUGGCAAACUGGACAGGGGUGCAGCUUCGAGAUUUGUAAAAAAUGCUCUCUGGGAACCGAAACCUAAGAAUGCAUCCAAAGUUGCCAGUAAAGGAAAAAACAAACAUUAACUUUUUGGUUUUGGUAUACACAUAUUCAAAAUGUACAUCAUUUUUAUUGUCAUAACAAAAUUUCUAAUUAUGUGGCAAUGCAAGGCUUAAAUGUAUUCCUUGUUGAAUUUAUAUGUAAAUGUGUACUUCAGAUUUGUAAUGCAAAAAUACUUUUCUGCCAGAAAGAUUCUUUAUUGAUUUUUCCUAUAGAGCACUCUGAGGUUUUAAUGUUGUGAUCUAUUUUAUAUUUAUAGUUUACCAUCUCUUUUGAUGACACUUAUUUCCUUAUGUAGGUCAGUCUUGCAAGUACCAUUUUAUAAACAACUAAAAUUUAAGUUAAAUGUUCUUUGUAAACAUUUACACUAUUUUAAAUGAAUAGUGACCUUAUGAAGUAUGUUAUCGCUGGGCUGAAUUUAUAAGUACAUCUAUUUUUACAAUGUGAUAUUAAGAAAGAAUGAAAUGACUUAAUAUCCUUUUUUUCUCCUGUGUAGUUAAUUUAUCAUGUUUUCAUGAUUUUAGGAAUUAAUUGCUUUUUUUGAUAUUUGGAGUGUGAAAUUAAAACUUUAAGGUUGUACUUUAAUUUUUGGCACAUUGCCUCAAUGUCCCAUUUAAUAUAAAAUACAUUCUCAUUAACAUUAGAUGGGAAAUAAGGUUGUAUGUUGGUGACUGAAUUUUGACAAAAUGGUUAUACUCUCUUAAAAAGUCUGUAAAUGUUGUAUAGCUGACCUGUUUUGUUUUUGUUGUAUUUAAACUUACUUUUUAAAUCAGAGUGUGUAGUGCUUAUAGUUUUCUUGGUCUCACUUUUGAUUUUUCAAUUACAUGUUUUGAGGCUGUAUCAAGUAUGUACAAGUGUUUUGGAACAACUCUGUAUGUUACAUAAUGCUGCUUAAGCAGAAGAGAAUGCCAAAGGAGAUCACAUUGUGCUAAUAUUCUGAUUUGUUUCUGAAAUAUUUGUUACAAAGAAUUGUACAUGUUAAAUUCUUUAAUGCCUGUCUGUGAUGUUUAAUUAUAUACCAAAUAGUUUCAGUCUUUGAAUUCACAUCAUUAUGUAUAAGAAUGCCAAAUACAGUAAAGUACUAUAAUUUUGAAAAAGGAUUUAAGAUUUUCGUGAUUAAUUCUCCAUAAGUAACCUUGAAUAAAUGGAUUUCCUGAUUUAUUGUAGCAGAUAUUGGAAAUGAUCUUAAAAUGUAAUGGGUUUUGUAAAGCAUGUUGAACUCUUUCUGUGACACACAAAGAGGAAGUCACUUAUGGAUGCAGAAAGUCUUUUCUCCUCUGGUGUCAGUUUUUGAAGUGGAAGAACAUUUUUAGUUAUUUUACACCUUUUUUUUACUUUCUUCUCAAAUUUCUAGCUGUUUUUAUAGUAACUUUUUUGACAAAAAUAAGUGUAAUAUCAAAUGUGGUUUCAAUAUCUUUGUUAUUUAUUACAAAGAAUCUUAGAAGUUGAAUUUAUGUAUAUUUUUAAGUUUCAUAUGAAAGGUUAAAUGAAAUAUAUCAUACAGUUACAGAAAAUUAUUAGCCCAAUGUUUAGUUUGUGAAAGUUCAGCUCUAUGUUCUAUUACAUUGGAUAUUCUUAAGUGAAUAGUUUUUUGUGUUUAUUAGUAGAAAUAAAAAAGUUUGUGUAUACUCCA